CACUUAAAUAUUAUUAAAGAAUAUUAGACUGUGUCAAAAAAACAACAACAUUCGUUAACAACAAAAAUCAAAAAUGGAUGAUUUUGAAUACAUUCUUAAGCACCCGGACUUUGAGAACUAUGUUUGUGUAAACUUUGCUUUAGUGUUUGUAUGUCAGGUGCUGAAGCCUUACACGGAGCAUGGUUUAGCAAAGGUGCAUCGGACGAUAAAAACUGCUCUGGCGGGAAAUUCAAAAUGUACCGGAACUUGUAGAGACCGACAAACACAGUGGUGUAAGAAUUGUAAAAAUUGGCAAAAACAUCUCGAAGCUUACACGAGUAAUAAAAAGCAAAUUGACUGGAAUAAACAAACAACAGCAAAUUGGGAUGAAUCGUUUGAGAACAUAGCCGGUGUUUUCUCGGAACCAAAGAAGAAAAUUGAUGGACCUGCAAACUACCUUGACAUAUCAACUGCAUGUAAUGUAUGGGAAUGUUGCAGUAUAUUUCAGAUAAAUAAGUUAUACAUCCAAAAAGUUAGAGAAAUUAGAAACAAAAAAAUUGCCCACAAUCAUACACUUCUUAUUAGUGAUUUGGAUAAGUCAAAAGGUUUUGAUGCACUGAAAGACCUUCUUAAUGAUAAAUAUGUACAGCCACAUAUUCAAAAGGUGGACAAAAACGCAUUGGAUAAAAUAAAAUGUAUACCUCAAUCUAGCCUAAGAAAGACUAUUGAAGAAAUAAAACUGAAAUUUAAAAAGAUGGAAAGUUGUGAUGAAGAAAAUAUUAAACUUUUAGAACAAAUUACAAUUUCUACAAUAGAGAACAGUAAUGUUUUGAAGGAAAUAUCAAUCAUAAUUGAGGACAUGUCCAUUCAACAACGGCUUAAUCAUAUGGAAUCAAUCCACAUGCUUUCAGGCAUAAAACGAACAUUCAAAUAA